UCAUGUCAUAAGUUAAACUAUUGGAAGCUAAUAGUGGGGUAAUAGUAUUUAAUUUAAAACAUUGUGUUUUCUGUGUGUCAAAGGAGGGGUAAAAGUUGAAAUUAUUUUGACGUCCUACAAAAUGAAGUUUAGAAACUCCUUUAAGGUCCAAGUCCGACAAAUUUCAAGUAUUUAAUAGUACAAUUCCUUUUUCACAGAUGGAUUAAAAUGACUCUAUGAAAAUAUUUUACAGCUAUAUAUUGWGAGUAAUCUGUCAUUUAUCAGCCCUUUUAGUGUGAUUACUUUUCUGACUGAAAGACUUAAAAGUAUCCAGCCAGCUAACAGGUCUACAGUACAUCUGUAGGUUUAUACCAAGCGCAGACCCGCCUGACUUUAUCAAGAUAGCAGUUUCCUCAGAUCAAAUUUACAUUGGAAGAUCGACGUUGAUUUAUAUGGUAAUGUGGACCUUUGCGUGGCUGUUCAUACUGGAGGGAGUCUUCAUUACAGUCGCCAAUGCAAUAACAAUCGUUAUAUUCACCAGAACGCGCCGUCUUCACAGCAAACAGUACAUUUUGAUUAUCAGCCAGGCUGUAGCUGAUCUCUUAGUUGGUCUUGUGUCUGUUCCAGUGUAUACUGUUUGGAGGGUAAUGUGGCAAGGUGACAGGAACUCAGGCUUCUAUGAUGUUUUUAUAAAAAUCGAAUCCUUUUUGGCAACAGCUUCCUUAUUUGGUUUGGCAGCGAUGGCCAUUGAACGAGCACAUGCAACAUACUUUCCAUUUCGACAUUACACAUUAGGUAAAUGUCCAUACAUCAUGGGAAUAGUUUUUACGUGGUCAGUUCCAAUCUUCGUUGCUUUGUUGUCAAUAUUUACGUCUCCAGAGGACGGUUUGAGAUUCUAUAUAGGAGUUCUCGGUUUCAUACUUGUGAUCAUUACGGCUGCCUAUUCUCUCAUCRUUCUUAAAGUCCGUUGCGUCACAACCAUUCAAUCUCAUGAUGUAACCAUCCAAGAGAACAAGAAACUAACUGUCACUCUUGCUGUUGUAACUGCACUGAGUCUGGUGACGUGGCUGCCCUUCCAAUGCCUGGCCGUAGCUGGUUUACAAAAUGCCUCCCUUUUCAUCUACUAUCCAGCCAAAUUCCUCCAAUAUGGCAACUCCCUCGUCAAUUCUGUUGUGUACGCGUUUCGUAUGCGCGAAAUUAAACGAGARAUUCUGCGCGUAUUCCAGUGUUGUCGCACCAAUCAAAUAUCGAUAAACAACGAAAGCGAACUUGGGAACAUGUGAACUUUGAGAAAUCGUCCUAGAAAAAGAAAUUGUACAACGUUCCAAUGUAAAUAGAAUUGUCUAUAUAUCAUGUGUCAGUGCACGUUAGACACAGUAACUCCAUGUCGAAACCGAAAAACUAUUAUUAAAGUUGCAUUAAGACUGUAGACUGUAAGCGCUAAAAACCAUCAAAACUUAAUAGUAAUCAAAUAGUGCUUUAUUGUAAUAAAUAUUGCGAACUUGAUUUCUUUCUAUUGUUUAAUUUGCUCUUUCAUCAAACGCRGUGGAACUAAAAAUAUGCCCUACGUUCGUCCUUAGCUUUAAGGUCGAAAUUUUUAAAUUAUCUUAAAACAAUCUUAAAAGAUAGUCGUUAAUUUGAAGUUUGCGCAUGCGUAUCACGUCAUUCUCUGUUUUUUUUACUAAUCUUGGUGAACAUCCGUUGAUCAGCAAAUAAUAAAAGUCAAUAAUAAUAAGAAAA